AUGAGGCUGUUUUUCAMGGCAGCAAUUCUGUGCCUGGGCCUGAGCUUAGGGCAAUGCACAGAGGAAGCCACUCAGGACAGCACCGGCCGGAGCACUCCCGCAGCAGAGUCCUCCUCGAACUGGGGCAUUGGGAUGAUCCGGGACAGCUUUGAAACGGUCAACAGCUACUUUGAUUCCUUCUUGGAGCUGCUCGGCGGCAAGAACGGUGUCUGUCAGUACAGAUGUCGAUAUGGGAAAGCCCCCAUGCCACGACCUCAGUACAAGCCUCAGGAACCGAAUGGCUGCAGCUCCUAUUUUCUGGGGCUCAAGGUACCCCAAAGUUUAGACUUGGGCAUCCCCGCCAUGACCAAGUGCUGCAACCAGCUGGACGUCUGCUACGACACGUGCGGCGCCAACAAGUACCGCUGCGACGCCAAGUUCCGCUGGUGCCUCCACUCCAUCUGCUCCGACCUCAAGCGCAGCCUGGGCUUCGUCUCCAAGGUGGAAGCUUGCGAAUCCGUUGCGGACACGGUGUUCAACGCCGUGUGGACCCUGGGCUGCCGGCCCUUCAUGAACAGCCAGCGGAGCGCCUGCAUCUGCAGCGAGGAAGAGCGCGACGAACUGUGAGGAAGAGCGGAGCGCCGGGGCCCCCCGGGAGCCCCUAUCCCACGUGGCACUGCUUGCUGUGCGGGACGCGGGCGAGCAGCGUGCCCUGGCCACCGCUCCCGGGCAGAGGGCUGUGAAAGGGGAGACUGUCUACGGAGAGGAGGCAGCGCUGCCUGUUGUCCGCUACAGCCCAACAGCCCUUUCCCUGUCCGGGUCUGUCAGCCUGAACGAUCCGAACGCCCAUUUUGCCUAGAGCCGCAAGCAGGGUGCGGCGCUGGUCAUGAACGAGGGGCUUUGCUCAUGUGCUGGCCCCUGCGCCUUCCCUUUCUCAUCUGCAGUAUUUUGCAAUUUGCAUGAAGGUUCUGCAGCCCUCGAAAACCCCAGUCCACGACCACACUAUUUAAGCAUUCCCACCAGCACCGGACCAAAGAGGAGGGAUAAUUUGCUCUCCGUAUGUUGUUCACACCCAUYCUUGACACUUUCCAUCCCAUCAUUAUGGCCCCUGACAAUCCCGCCUCCUUAAGUGCCUGACGGAUCCUAAAGCUCUUUAAAACAUCCAGGGAUUUGGUAAAUGUGGGAAGGGCUCUAGGUAGCUGUGAUAUGGGCAGAAGGAGACCAGAGCCCACCGGUUUGAGGCAUCAACAGCAAUCUGAGGCAUCUCUUGCGCAUCCCUAGACCUCUCCCCCACUCUCAGGAAGGCAGCUGCUUCUUAUUUUCAGCCAGAUACGAACUGUAUGUUGAAUGAUUUCUCUCCUUUGCCACUUAAAGUUUCUUCCUUAGGUUCCGCCUUGUUUUUUCAUUAUUAUUCUUUUUUUUUUUUUCCUUUUUUACACAAAGCAGUUGGGCGUCACAACCUCCUCUCUUGCACAGAGGGAACAGGAGGCUCUCACAGUUGCAUUGCCUGAGAUUUUGCAAAAUCCUGGCGCCUCCUCUGUCAGAUGGCAGGGCUUAUUUGCUGCCUCUGUGUGGCAGUUUUCAUGCUYGUGCAAAAUGGGGCUAAUAUUUCCAUCUGCUAUCAGCAGCUUUUAUUUCAGACAAAAUUAGAAUUUAAAGUGGUAUUUAGAAACUCAUCUCCACCUAACAUUUGCAGGCAGCUUUCAGCUGCGUUUCUUGUUGAAAGGAAGUCACUGUUGGGUCCCCAUGGCACGCCACAUAAAUCCUUCAGCAAGCCUUGCAAACACAUUUAUGGUUAUGCUCUUCCAUCUGCCACGGAAAAGUUGAGGCUACAGAAGGGCAAUUUGAAACAAAAAAUGAAGAGAGUUUCUCUUUGUUAUUUUUUGUCUAGUUUCUGCAUUUAAAUGCAUGCAUGGAGCUAUAAAUUAUUUAAGCCCUAUUCUUGCCAGGCAUCUUUGCUUUACAGUGAGCAGUGAUGAGACAUUCAUCUCACCCCAAGUAGCCGGAAACAACAGGAAAACAGGAAGAAGACAGGAAAAUAGGGAAACACAAACGAUCGUCCCGGGUACGCUGGGAUAUUUUCCAUCAAGGAGGAUCUUGAUUUCCACCGCUGGGGAUGCGAGGACACUCUUUCCUAGCUGUGCUAACUCCAGUGGGGAGGGAACACUGCAAUGUCAAGCUCCAGCACAGCACGUGUCCCUCAGAGCUGGAUGGACAGUCUGCUCCUCUGUCUAAGAAACAGGUAUUUUGGGCUUGGGAGAGGAAGGAAACGUUCCUCAUUGCAGACUUUUCC